CCCCGCGGGAGGUGAACUUUUCACAAAGGUUACUAUGCAAUUGCGACUGGUGUCUUGGGUCUUUAUCGCGUGGAACCUGAUGGAAUCCGUCGGCAGCCGGCAGCCCGCCUCCAGAGUCCGGCGGCAGGGAAAAAUGCAUCACAAUAUGAGCCGAGAUUGCCCAGUAGGAUGUGCAACAUGUUCUGAAUACAAUGGAUGCAUGACAUGUAACCCACGACUCUUUUUUCAUCUGGAGAGGAGAGACAUUAAACAGAUAGGCGUGUGUGUUUCAUCCUGUCCCCCUGGACAUGUUGGACAACGAUCCCCAGAAAGAAAUGAGUGCAUAAAAUGUAAAGAUGACUGUGAAGCCUGCUUCAAUAAAAAUUUCUGCAUGAAAUGUAAAAAUGGGUUUUAUCUACACCAUGGAAAGUGCCUUGAAAACUGCCCUGACUGGCUGGAACCCAACAAUCAUACUAUGGAGUGCAACAAUAUUGUACAUUGCAGAGUUCAUGAGUGGAGCGAAUGGAGCCCUUGCACGAGGAGAGGAAAAGUAUGUGGCUUCAGGAGAGGAAAUGAAACAAGGGUCAGAGAAAUCAUACAGCUUCCUUCUAUAAGAGGCAAACUAUGUCCGCAUACAAGCGAAACAAGAAAAUGUGUUGUACAAAGAAAGAAAUGCCCAAGAGAACCAGGAAGAAGAAAGGAAAGGAGGAAAAAGCCAAAGAGGGGAGAAAGCAAGGAAACCAGUCAGGAAAACAGAGGCCGGGAAGCAAGAAGGCAAAAUCGAGAACGAGAAAACAAAAGUAAAACACAACCCAAGAAAAGAAGAACACAGGAUAAACCGCAGAAACUAGCACCCAUAAGCACUGCACACUAACUGCCUAACACCACUGUUUUAAAGACUUUUGCUGCUGCUAUCUCCACCAGGUCCCUGGACCUGGUGCUCCCCAGUUAAGCCACAAAAAGACUAUAUUACCAGUUUUAGUAAAUCUUAACCAACAUUCCAAAUAAUUUCUAUUAUAUUCAUCAUGCAGUCACAUUUUAUUCAAGAGACUGACAUGAGCCAAGAUUUUGGUGGUAAAUGGGAUACUUUCAAACUGUUAUAUUAAAUGCUUCCAUGCAUCUCUAAGAGACAACUUAAAGUUUUGUAUAUAAGUAUCAAUAUGGUAUAAGUCAUAGCAAUAUAUUGAACGACAUCUGGAAAAAAACAUCUUUUUCCUUUGUACAAUUUUUUUCCAGUCUAUUGUUUAUGAAGCAAGAGAUAUCUAAGUAAAAGAUGCAGUAUCCCUAUGCGCAUACUUAUAUAUGUUACAUAUGAAUCAAAAGGAAGAAAUCUCUCAAGAAGUUGUGGGAGUCGACAGUUUGAUAACCCACAGUCUAUAGGAACUUUGUGGUUGUCAGGAUUUCAUCCCAGAGCGCAGUCAGAAACUCCAGAACGAACUGCUCCAGGACUCUGAAAGCAAAGGGAGAAAAGAAGUAGAAGCAACAGUAAACAUUUUAAGAGCUCUUCUGAAAGACCAGCAAUGGCGUUUAGCUAUGCAGCGCUCUUAUCCGCAGGACAGCAAAAAAUUUUAAUGGUCUAAACUAUAACUAUACAGAGUGUGUUGUUCUAUGCUUUGUGUAACUCUGUGUAACUUAAAUCAAAUUUCAGAUCCUCCAGUGACUGACAAAUUAUAUUUGUAGAAAACAGACAAAAACACUAAGUGAAUAAAGAACAGAGAAAAAUAGACCACAUAUAUAA